GGCCUCAUUGCCCAGCCGGACCCCAGCCCCUGACAGGUUCGGCCCGCCCUCCUCGCCCCGUCCUCCACCAGCCCCCCACCCAGCGCACCCCGACUCUCCUGCUGCACUCGCUGGCUCCCUCGGUUCGGUUCCCGCUGACAAGACAGCAUGGACAAAUUUUGGUGGCACGCAGCCUGGGGACUCUGCCUCGUGCAGCUGAGCCUGGCACAGCAGAUCGAUUUGAAUGUCACCUGCCGAUUCGCGGGUGUAUUCCACGUGGAGAAAAAUGGUCGCUACAGCAUCUCGAGGACGGAGGCUGCUGACCUCUGCGAGGCUUUCAAUACCACGCUGCCCACCAUGGCCCAGAUGGAGAACGCCCUCAAAGCCGGUUUUGAGACUUGCAGGUAUGGUUUCAUUCAAGGGCAUGUGGUGAUUCCUCGGAUCCACCCCCAUGCCAUCUGUGCUGCCAACAACACAGGGGUGUACAUCCUCACGUCCAACACCUCCCAGUAUGACACCUAUUGCUUCAACGCCUCAGCUGCAGAAAAGAAAGAAGACUGUACCUCAAUCACAGACCUGCCCAAUACCUUUGAAGGUCCUGUCUCCAUAACGAUUGUGAACCGUGACGGCACCCGCUACACCAAGCAAGGCGAAUAUAGAACUAACCCACAAGACAUCAACCACAGCAGCGCCCCCGAGGAGGAUAUGAGCAGUGGCUCCUCCAGCGAAAGAAGCACUUCGGGAGGUUACAUCUUCCACACAAACCUGCCAACUGCUCACCCGACCGACGACCAAGACAGAUUGAUGGUGUCCAGGGACCCAGAGGACAACACUGUAACGACUUUGAUGAGCCCUAGUGACCCAACUCCCAAAACAGCAACCAAGAAACAAGAAGCCCACGAUUGGUUUUCAUGGUGGUUUCAACCAUCAGAGACUAGGAAUCACCUUCAUCCAACAACAAAAAUGGCUGGUACGGAUUCAAAUAUCAUCUCAGCAGGCUGGGCACCAACUGAAGAAAAUGAAGAUGAAAGAGACAGACACCCCAUUUAUUCUGGAUCAGGCAUUGAUGAUGAUGAAGAUUUUAUCUCCAGCACCAUUUCAACGACACCGUCAGCUGUUGUACGCCCAGGCGAGGACAUGGACUGGACUCUAUGGAGACCAGCCCCUGUGGAUCCAGAACUAUUACCUCAGACAACCACGAGCAUGGAUGAUGUGGACAAAAGUAGCACCAAUGCUUAUGGGGAAAACUGGACCCAGGAACCACACCCUCCUCUCAUGCACAACGAGCAUCAGGAUGAAGAGGAGACCCACCAUUCUACAAGCACAACCCAAGCCACUCCUAGUAUCACAACAGAAGAAACGGCUACCCAGAAAGAACAGUGGUUUGGGAAUGGAUGGCAGGGGGAGUAUCCCCAGAUACCAAAUGAAGAUUCCCACUCAACAGCCGGGACACCCGCAACCUCGGCCCAUGAAAGCCACCCAAAUCAAAGAAUGACAACGCAGAAUCCAGAGGACGCGUCCUGGAUUCAUUUCUUCGACUCAGUCUCACAUCCAAUGGGACAUGGUCAUCAAACACAAGGGAAUAUGGAUAUGGGUACCAGUGAUAGCACAACACUUCCACCUUCUGAAGAUCAAGCUACAGGUUUGGUGGACGACUUGGGCAGGACAGGCCCUUUUUCAAUUACAACUCAACAGAGUCAUAUGCAGAGUUUCUCAACAUCACAAGGAGACUUGGAAGAAGAUAAUGACCAUCCAAUGACUUCUACUCCAACAUCUAGCAAUAGAAAUGAUGACACAGUUGAAAGAAAUGUUGGAAGUCAUUCUGAAGACUCAGCUACUUCAGUGGAAGGUUACACUUCUCAGUCCUCAGACACAAAGGAUAUCAGGACCCACACCCCAGUAACCCCUCUUAAUACUGGAUCCCCUGGAGUUACUGAAGUUACUGUUGUUGGAGAUUCCAACUUUAAUGUUGAUCGUUCCUUAUCAGGAAACCACGACUCAGCCUUUCACCCCAGUGGGGAAUCCCAUACCACCCAUGGAUCAGAGUCAGCUGGACACUCCAGUGAGGGUCAAGAUGGUAUGCCAAACACAACCUCUGGUCCUAUGAGGAGGCCUCAAAUUCCAGAAUGGCUGAUCAUCUUGGCAUCCCUGUUGGCCCUGGCUUUGAUCCUUGCAGUUUGCAUCGCUGUCAACAGUCGAAGGAGGUGUGGGCAGAAGAAAAAGCUGGUAAUCAACAGUGGCAAUGGAGCUGUGGAUGAUAGAAAGCCAAGUGGACUCAACGGAGAGGCCAGCAAGUCUCAGGAGAUGGUGCACUUGGUGAACAAGGAGCCGGCAGACACCGCAGACCAAUUUAUGACAGCUGACGAGACGCGGAACCUGCAAAAUGUGGACAUGAAGAUCGGCGUGUAACACCUUCUCUAUGACCUUGGAGAGAAACAACAGUCAGAGACAACCAUCACAGGGAGCUGGGACCCUUUACAGAUGCGACGUGCUACUGAUUGUUUUGGGGAAACUUUUUUUAACAUAACAUUUUCUACUCCUGUUUGGUAUUUUUGUGUUUUGUUUUUUAAAGUCAAAUCCAACUUGUAAAAACAACAUUGCUUUCUGAAAUGAGGGUCCAAUUAAUAAUUAGCAAGAACUUGAUGGGUGCAGUUCCCACCUAGAAGCCUCUUACCUCCGGAGUGUGCUGUAGGUGGCCUCUAGCAAAAAUUGUGGAUAACUUCCCAUUCCUUCCCAUUCCUUCACCACCCUUCCCUCCACCCACCUCCCAAAUAACAGCCACAUGCUAAGGGCCAAGAAUGGCUGGUCUGGAGGAAAUUUGAAUAGGUCCAUGUUUCCCCUCCAGUUGCUCAAUCCCUGGGCAUUGCUUUCCAGGAGCAUAGGAAAUCGGGUGUACUGGUUACACAUCCCCUUCUACAGACCCCCUGGAAAUUUCUCAGAUGCUUCUGGUAGUUUUACCUGAAGCAUAAAGCUAUUUAUCUGUAGUAAUCUAUUUAUCUGUGUUUUUGAAAUAUUGAACCCUGGAGGUCCUUUGAUCAGUACGACUUUUUUAUGUUACUUUGUCAGAGGCAUAAAAGGGUGUCAGUCACCAACUCACAAUAAACAUCUGUACUUCUUCCACCUUAAUGCUUUGUGCUGUGAUCCUUCAGUUUCUCACCCAACAAGACAAUUGUGUGACUGGUCCCCCGAAAAGUGUUCUCAGAGCCCCCACUCAACCAACUCUCAUAGAAGAUGAGAAGAUGAGGUUCUGAAGGCUUCCUGUCUCAUGGGAAACCUAGAAUUGUAAAAGGAAGCACUUCAACUGCUUUUAUAUGGCCACCUGUUCUUUCCCCUGAAG